AUGUAUGAUUUCUACUACACCAAACUCCUGGAUAACCCAUCCAAAUUUGAGCCUCGGCCGGGCAACAGAUGGGUCGAGGUGCGGGAGCCAAAUGCUGGCGGCGAGCUGGUGUUGCUUGAUCGCGAAAUUCCUGAGCCCGAGAUCAUAGAUCAGAUUGGCGCCGAUGCCUUUUUACCAUCAGAAAGGGCCUUCGACGACAAUCAUGCCAAAGGCCGUCUUCGACUCCAGCUUUUGAUUGGGAGUCCGGAGCAGCACAAAAGCGAUGCACAGAUUUUAGCGCUGCCAAUCUCUCGCCACACCUUCGAGACCGUUAGAACUGCUUGGAAUCUGCCCCCAGAACUCCUGCGCAUGAUGCUGAGCACCCUGCCUAUAGCUACGGAAUUCCGGGCCAAGAACUCCGCUGGACAAGCGAUAACUGUCCUCAUGGUCCGGAGCGCGAGAUCAAGAGAUUGGAACUUUUGCCUCGGACUCGUCUAUAACGAGGAAACAAGAGUCAUAUCUGGAAUCGUGAACGGCAUGCAAGCCGAGGAGACCGAUUUGAUGCUCGAAUGUCUUCGAGAGUCCACAAGCUAUCUACAAGAUCCUAUGCUACUGCCAGUGUUCCUGCUAGAGCUCAAGGUCCACUAUUUCGCUGUCCUUCUUGAGAAACGAGCGCAAGGAAUUGAAGAUAUUGAAUACAGAACCGGCAUGAGACAUGGGUUUUCGACGAAUCCGAGCCGGAACGCGGCGCGAGAUAGGGAAAGAGAGAAGUUGCUGAAAGAGCUCAACUUCGACGAGAUUACUCAGAAGGCGUCACCGGAACCCUAUCGUUUUGUGACAUGA